AUGUUUCAGUUUCCAGCAGAUAAGAAUAGUACAUCGAGCAACAACUUCGAGACAUCUUUAAGACGAGAAGAUAGUUCUGACUUGCCAAGAUGUAAUACUCAAAUUUUUUCUAACAAAAGCAGAAAUAAAGUCUUUGCUAGCACUACUCUACAUCCUAUGCUAAAUGCCAAAGCUGAACAGUUUACACUUCGAAAAUCACCGAAAGUAGCGAAAGUUCACGGAUUGAUACAGCAGAUGACAGCAUCAAACACUGCAGGUUCCGUCUACUUCAAUAUUUCUUAA